UUCAACUUCCUUUUUAGCACCCGAACUGGUUACCAUUCAACCUCGUACUGAAAUAGUGGUCACUCAUACACGCUAUCAAAGGAGCUCCAGAGUAGAAGAAGAAGAAGAAGAAGAAGAACACCUGCCGGAAAAAAAAAAAAAGCCGCUCCGGGAAAUUGGAAAACGGGUCGGAAAUGGAUGGUGCAGGGUCGCGAUUGGGCCGGGCAUCGUCACGGUACGGCCCAGCUACCACUGUGUUCAACGGCCCAGUCAGGAAAUGGAAGAAGAAGUGGGUCCACGUGUAUUCUUCAUCAACCGUCAGUUACCAGAAUCCACACUCUCAAUCCAACGGCCAAAACAGCACCACCACCUCCAGCAGUAACAACGGCGGCUCUCAUCUGCUCCUCUGCCGGUGGACCCCAAUCCCUCCGACCACCACCUUAUCAUCCUCCGCUGAUGACGGUGGGUCGGUCAACGGCUCAGGCAGCACUCCGGAUGAGCCGCCAAAGAGGAAGUUCCGCUACACCCCUAUUGCGGUGCUAGAAGAACAGAAGAAGGUGGCAGAAAAGAAGGUAGAAGAUGAAGAGAAAACAAGUGAGACAGAGCAAUAUGGAGGAGCUAAGACAACAACAACAACAACACCAUCCACCAGCAGUGACGAGAUGCUUGCGAAGCCAGACUUCAAUGAAGUUCUCAAGAAUGAAACAGAGGUAUCGGAGAAGAAUGGAUCACAGGAUUCAAAUACAAGCAAUUUGGAUUUGGGGUUAGGGUUGAAAGGUCAAGACAACCUUGAAUCCCCUAACCAGAGCAAAGAGACUCAGAUGACAACAGCAAACUCAACUGGAUUUUGGUCGGUGGGUUGAUCGAUACUUAAUGAGGACAUUCUCACUCUGAAGCUGUGAAGCAACAUCAUAAGUUGGCAUGGAUGACUUACUCUGAUGCUAACUACAUAUAGUACAUCACAUCGUAGUUAUGCUAUGCGUGUAGUAUGCGAGUAUAUUGUGUGUUAGCGGUAGUAGUAAUACAUAAUUAAAACAAAACGUAAUCGCAUUUCGACUCUUUAAACCGCUUGUAUAUAUAUUGGUUCACCUCUA